GCGGCCAUAUUGCCUGUCAGGAAGACACUAAUGUUUUGUGGAAAACUGAUUUAGAUAAUGAUAUGUGUCUGUUCGAGCACAAAACCCGUCCAAUAACUAAAUAGGCAAAUUUAUAAACUUUCAGGCGGAAGACCUUUGCUUAACAUCAACACCUACUGACCUGAAGACAAUGAUAUAUUUUUCUUUACAGCAUCAAUUUAUUUAUUAGCGUUCGUGUAUUUAUUUAGUGAAACUUCCGGAAAUUACGAAAAAAAAACUACCCUUAAGCACUCGAAUUGGACGUUCAAAGAUUACCUAAAUAAAUAUGACCCUCGGAGAGUGUGGGAAAAGAUAGACAAGCUAAAGAAAUCAGGAACAAAACUUACGCAGCAACAAGAAAUCGACCUCUUCAUCAAAGGUAUAGACAUGACAGACGAUUUCUUAAAACUGAAAGUGAAGAACGGAGACGCAAAGAUUCUAGUUAUGAAGGACGGAAGACGCUGGAAACCUCCACCAGGCCUGGAUAGUCAUGAGCGCGAUCCAUUUAGUCUCAGGAGAAGACUAUUUGAACUCAUGAAGCAAGCCAUUUACCAAGCCAGGAAUAAAAUGGUUAUAAUGCAACAAAUAAGGGAGCAAUACAAAUACGGUUCGCUGUACAAAAUGGGGUUUUUAAUGAGCAAAACUGAUACUGCCUGCAGGACGUUUUCAAAGUUCGCAUCCAGAGCUUUCCGGGGAUGUGUGCUCGGCAAACAGGACGUCAUUUACCGGCAUAGGGUAUAUGAGAUACUGAACUCGGAAGAGAGAGUCUUGAAUCUAUGGUUCACAGUGGAACUACUGAUCGAUUUGAUUAGAAAGAACGACGAGAACUGUAAAGAUAUUUUGGAUAAUGAAAAGAUUAAGGACAAGAAAUCCGGAUGGAAGUUCGUUGAUUGAGAUACCUAGUGUUAAAAUUUGUAUAUAAAAAAAAUCGUUAAUACAUAAAGUAACUGACUAUGCCAAUA